UGUAAGGACCAUUUCCAGUUUUCUUUUACCAUCCGUUGCCUUCCAAAACCAAAGCUUCGGAAAAUCUCUCUCUCUCUCUCUCUCUCUCUCUCUCUCUCUCUCUGUUCCACAUCUUCACACUCCUUCACAUUUCCAAUUUCUAAACCAAUUUGAAUUCAAAUUCCUCCCUUCUCUCUCUGUUCCAUAUCUUCAAACUCCUUCCCAUUUCCUAUUUCUAAACCAAUUUUAUUUCAAAUUCCUCCCUUCUCUCUCUGUUCCAUAUCUUCAAACUCCUUCCCAUUUCCUAUUUCUAAACCAAUUUUAGUUCAAAUUCCUCCCUUCUCUCUCUGUUCCAUAUCUUCAAACUCCUUCCCAUUUCCUAUUUCUAAACCAAUUUUAGUUCAAAUUCCUCCCUUCUCUCUCUGUUCCAUAUCUUCAAACUCCUUCCCAUUUCCUAUAUUUACACCUCUUUGAACUCAAAUUCCUCCAUUCUUUCCAUCACUACCAAAAACAGAAAACAUGGUUGAUUCACUGGUCUCGCUUGCCAAAGAAAAAUUGGCCAAAGUUCUUGAAGAUGAGGCGGUUUCGUUGAUGUGUGUCACCAACGAGAUCAAAAAGCUUUCCAAUACGUUCACCUCGAUCCAAGCUGUGCUUAAAGAUGCUGAAACUCGGCGAGUGAAGGACGAAGCUGUGAAGAAGUGGUUGGAGAAUCUCAAAGACGUGGCCUACGAUGUGGAUGACAUACUAGAUGAGUGGACGACAGAUGCUCUCAGACCACAAGCUCCAGAUGAAGGUGAUGGCUCCUGUUUCAGCUUCCUUGUUACUUGCUACCUCUCCUGUGUUACUUUCUUCAAUCAUGUCGUGUUACGCCACAAAAUUGGGAGUGGGAUAAGGGAGGUGAGGGGAAGAUUAGAUGAUAUCGCCAAAGAGAUGAGCCAAUUUCAUUUUAUUAUGAUAAAUAAUGGUGUGAGGGUGGAUAGUGAAGUGAGGCAGGCCGAGAUCAGAGAGCGAGAGACAGGAUCCCAACUCGACCAACCGUCAGUUGUCGGCAGAGAAGAUGACAAAAAUAAAGUCCUGCACUUGUUGCUGAGCGAGAGUAGUAGAGAGGUGAAUGAGGUGCCCUUCGUCGUCAUUUCUAUCGUUGGAAUGGGGGGGUUGGGGAAGACCACCCUUGCUCAGCUCGCCUACAACGAUGAGAUUGUCAAGGGGCAUUUCGAGAAGAAAAUGUGGGUAUGUGUUUCUGAAGAUUUCAAUGUGAAACAGAUUACAGAAUCAAUUAUAAAAUCUGCAGACACUGAGUUUAAGGGCAAAAACUUAAACUUGGAUCGAUUGCAACUUUGCCUCCGGGAAAUGUUGCAUGGAAAAAGAUUCUUGAUUGUGCUUGAUGACAUUUGGUGUGAAGAAAGUGAGAAGUGGGACAGACUGAAACCUCCCUUCCAAGAUGGUGCAUCCGGGAGUCGAAUCGUCGUAACUACUCGUAAUGAAAAGGUUGCAUCAGCGAUGGGAGGGGUUCGCAUACACAAGCUGACUGUCCUAUCCGAUGACGAUUGCUGGUUAGUGUUCUGGCGCAGAGCGCUUGAGCAUCGGAGUGCAGAAGAGCGUUCAGAGUUGGAAGCGAUUGGAAAGGAAAUCGUAAAGAAGUGUGGAGGGCUGCCUCUCGCAGCAAAGACAAUAGGGAGUGCCAUGCGCUCAAGAAGGACAAGAAGGGAGUGGGAGCUUGUCUUGGAAAGCGACAUAUGGAAUUCACAUGAUAUCUUACAAGGCAUUUUACCAGCUUUGUUACUCAGCUACCAUGACUUGCCUCCUGCUUUGAAGCAAUGCUUCACAUAUUUCUCUAUCUUCCCAAAAGAUUCAUCGAUAGAGAAGGAUGUGAUAAUCAAGUUAUGGGUGGCACAAGGUUUCAUUCGCUCCGACACAAAAAUUGGCGGUCUAUAUUUUGAUGAUUUACUAAGACGCUCGUUGCUUCAAGAUGCAGAACUGGACGAUUACAGGUACAUAGUCAAGUGCAAGAUGCAUGAUUUAGUUCAUGACCUUGCGCAAUCUGUUGCAGGUAGUGACUGUUCACUGUUAGAUAUCAGAAAGCAAGCCUCGCUGAACCUAAGCAAUCUCCGCCAUUCUCUUUUAAUUGACAGUGAUAAAGAUGGUGAUGAAGUGGCUUCCAUUGGGGCAACCUUGUAUAAGGCUAACAAGUUGCGGACGUUGCUAUGUGUCUCAACAAUCUUCGGGGCUAGGGUGCCAAACAAUUUAUUUCAUCAUUUCAGACGCCUAAGGGCAUUGGACUUGAAAUGCACUGGCAUUAAGAAAUUGCCCCAAACAGUAGGAAAAUUGAAGCAGUUGAGAUAUCUUAAUUUAUCUCACACAGGUAUAGAGAAGUUGCCGGAGGGGUUGAGUAAUUGUGGAAAUUUACAGACCUUGAUACUCAAUGGGUGUGUGCAGCUAAAAAAACUGCCUAUAGGGCUGACAAAAAUGAUUAACCUGCGACAUCUAGAUUUAGAAUACACUGACGAGCUGAAGUACAUACCGCAGGGCAUAGGGAGCCUAAGUAGCCUUCGGACGUUAACAAAGUUGAUUGUGGAGGGUGGCAUUGAAGGAUGUAAAUGGGGAGAAGUGAAACAACUGAUGAAUCAUCUUCAUCUUCAUCUUCAAGGAAGACUCCAAAUCACUGGGUUGGAAAAAUUGAGCAGGGACGAAGCAAGGGAGGCAGAAGUGUAUAAGAAGCAGAAGCUUUAUGCUCUAUCCUAUGAAUACAGAGGUGAUGAAGCGUUGGAUGAUGAUGAGGUGAAAAGAAUGGAGGACGUGCUUGAAAUCCUGCAGCCCCACACAAACUUGAAAGAGUUGACAAUAAAGGGAUACAGAGGUUGGAAGCUUCCCAUGUGGAUAGAGGAUUCAGUGUUCUCCAAUCUAGUGAAGGUGGAACUCUGGUUCUGUGACAAAUGUAAACAAUUGCCAAGUCUUGGGAAACUACCUUCCCUUAAAUACCUUCGUAUUUUGGGAAUGGAAGAGGUGAGAAAGGUGGGUGGUGAGUUUAGUGGGGAUGAUAAUAAUGAUGGAAGUGGUGGUGUCGUGUCAUUCCCAAAGCUCGAGACCCUCAUCUUCGGAAACAUGUCAAACUGGGAGGAGUGGGAAUUGAUUGGAGAUGGAGAUGUUAUGCCAUCACUCCUGAAAUUACGAAUAGAUAGAUGUCCAAAGCUGAAGGAGUUGCCCAGCAAUCUUCAACACCCUAUCAUGCUUCAACAAUUAAUGAUAUGGAUCUGUCCACUCUUAGAAGAGCGCUACGGAGAAGGAGGAGAAGAUCGGGACAAGAUUGCCCACAUCCCCGAUAUCAUUGUAUGAAAGGCAUUACGGUGAUCUGGGUCCAAGAAGAUGAAAUCGACGAACAGCUUUUCACUUGCUUGUUUCAAGGAAUUUUGUUGAUGUUCUGUGUAACUACUCUACUUUUUUCUUUUCUUUUUUUCCUUUUUCUUUAAUGUUUUCUUUCUUU